AUAUAUAUAUAUAUGAAGGAGAAGGACUUCAGUCAGUUGCAGCCUGACCUCUGAGCAAGAAGCAGACUCUCUCCUUACCUUCAUCACCCAGAGUCUCUGUUUUCCUCCAACAUGCAGUGGAACGAGAACUCAAGAGCCGAGUCAUUUGGACACAUGGAGUCCGGAGAUGGUCCCAGCAACCAAAGUCAAGACAUGACUAUGCUGCAAAGCUGCUUCCAGGGCUUCAAGAUGGAGAACUGGCAGCUGGCGAAGGAGUUCACUGCUCUGAAGAAGCAGCUGGCCCGAGUGACCAGCAGCUGGAAGGAGGAGAAAGGCAAGUUGUUGGACGAGAGGAUCAACGCUGCUUUAAGAGCAAGAGAAGAAUUGGACGACAUGGUAAAGAAGAUUGAGCAGUCGAGGGCCCGACGGAUGGACAUGGGAGAACAGAUGGGCGACAUGAAAGAGAAGAUUGAAACAAAGAACCUGGACAUCGCUCUGUUAAAUGAGCAUCUUCGGCGGCGGGAGGCCGAGACUCAGCAGCUGGAAGCUGAGAUCGUCCAGAGCGACUCUGUGUGGCAGGACAGAGUCGCUCUGGAGCAGAGACUCAGGAGUGAGCAGGAGGCCAACACCAGAGCAGAAGAGGAGCUGGACAAGAAGCUCGGAGAGGCUGAGGAGAGGUGGCUCUCCAUCCAACACGACUCACAGAGACUAGUCGACCAGAUGGAGGAGGACGUAAAUCUCCUCAUCCUGAAAAACGAGGAGCUGCAGGAACUCGUGCUCAUGUCUGACAAAGAGAAGGCGAGGGGAAAGGAAGAGGAGAAGGAGGAAGAGAAGAGACUGAAGAGGGAGAGGAAAGGGCAGGAGAAGAAGGAGAAGAAGGAAAGAGAGAAGGAGGAGAAGAAAGAAAUGAAGAAGAGAGAGGAAGAAAAGUAG